AUGAUGAAGCGCAUUGCAACACUGGCAUCUUCGCCCCUGUGUUACAAAUCUUACAGGACCGUGUCAUUCCCCUAUCGUCCAGCGCUCCUACAUUGCCUCCAUACCACCUCCCCUCGAGUCGCCACUCCUCUGCCCAUCACUGCCACUGGUCCUCCCCCAGCAGCUCCACAACCCGCAGCAUCCCAAUAUGGCGAAAGAGUCGAUCGACGGCGGCGGCAAGCUGAGCUGCUCAAGCGCGGACAAGACAUGCGAGCUAGCCAUAUGAAGCCUGGGACCGCCAUCAAAAAGCGAUUUUGGAAAGAUGUGAGUGUGCAGACGGAUGCUGAGGAAAACUAUCUAGUCAACCUCGACACUCGCGCUCUUCGCAAUCCUACGACCAAAAAGCCCAUGAGCAUUCCCCAUUCAAAACCGUAUCUCGCAACAGCGCUAGCUCUAGAAUGGGACCUCCUUGUCUCCGCCCAGCAGGCUACCCGCUCCCACCUCAUCCCACUGACCUCAAUCAGCGCCCGCGCCCACGUCCUUGGCCUCGAAGAUAGAGAGAACCAGCACGCCGCAUCUUCUGGGUCAGGAAUACGCUACGACAUUGUGAAUACGCUGCUACGAUAUCUCGAUACUGAUACACUACUUUGUUGGGCUCCUGCAUCUACCCUAACGAAUCCGUCGGAUAAGGAUGUCAGAGGGGAAUCAUUGAGAGACCUGCAAGUCCGGACUGCGACCCCGAUCCUGUCAUAUCUUACGCAAAAUGUAUGGCCCGGUGUUGAGUUGAAACCUACACUUGACAACGGAUCUAUACUACCCACCUCACAGCCUGCAGCCACGCGCGCAGUCAUAAAAGGAUGGAUGGCCGGUUUGCCAGCAUGGGAGCUUGUGGGGCUCGAGAGAGCGGCAUUAGCUGGCAAGAGUUUGUGCGUUGCAGCUCGAUUGGUCUGCGAAUGGAGCGAAUAUCUGAAGCUAGGAGACAUGCAAGGAGAGGCAGCGGAAAGAUUCGGCAUCGAAGAGGCCGCCAAGGCGUGUAGUCAAGAGGUUAUCUGGCAGACCGGGCGGUGGGGAGAGGUGGAAGAUAGUCAUGAUGUGGACAAAGAGGAUUUGAGACGACAGUUCGGGAGUGUAAUACUGGUUGUGAGUGGGACGGGAAAUACGACCCAACCAUAG